CUAUUUUCUGGACAAGAGGUGCCGACGACUCGACACUGAGAGGCCUGGUUAUGGUGGGUGCAUCUCCGCCCGGGUCUUUGGUCAUAUCGAGAAGAUUCGUGUAUAAAGGUUAGAGCAGCCGCCCGAGUUUGGUCUGAAGAUCUCACUUUCAUCACCAUCCUCCGCGACAAAAUCCUGAGAAGUAGCCUCAACCAACCGGUUUGAAACCCUUUACAACCGCAGAAACAAGAUUCAAGAUGCUCUCCAAGCAGAUCCUCGCCAUCAGCGCCAUCCUGGCCGCUAUUGCCUCUGCCAGCCCUGUUCCAGCUCCCGCUGAGGAUGCUCUCAUCAUCAUUGAGCAGACCGAGACCGAAAAUGGAACCAUCACCUGGUACGGCGAUGAAUCGACUCCUAUCACGGCCCGCUCCACCUCGUCACCGGAGCUCGACAAACGCUGCGGCUCCAACGCCGUGACCUGCUCCGGUUCCCACCGGGCCUACGCGCCCGUGUGCACCAACUUGAUCAACGGUCUUUCGAGCCAGACCAUCCCGCAGUCUCCUCGCUCGGUCUGCUUGAGCCAGGGCGGCAACCAGUGCUGCAUCAGCUGGGCGAAUGUCGUCCAGGAUGCGCAGUUCUGGUACCUGCAGUCCGCGGCCCGGAAGGCGCUGAAUGGCUGUGUUAGCGACAGCUAUGUCAGUGCAUUGACCAGGGAUACCUUGAUUGGAAAUACUUGCACUACCCAGUGCCUUUCUAAUCGCGCCACUGGUUGCUCCUAGAUAGGGGUGUGAGAUAUCGCGGUUGAGAGACGGCUGAGUGCCCCUGGGGAUUGGCUUGGAAUGGAGGUGACUUGGUCUGACAGGAACACAGGAUGUUGAUGGAGAGCUUGAGAUGGAAAUUAGGGGAUGAACGAGGAAGGGCUUGUACCUACCUCUAGAUAGUGUACCUUACAUAUGACACAUCUAUCAUUCACC